AGUUCGUAACUAUAUUCUCCAUCUAGUAAGUGAUAUUAUCGAAAUAUUUUAUAGUUAUUGAUAAAAACGCUGAUAUCUUAACUCUUAUGAGAAAUUGGAUAUAAAAUUGGAAUAAAUUCAGAACCAACUUCAGUUAGGGCAUAACAUCUACUGAAAGUAAAAUUAAAUUGUUACGGAAGGAAAGUAAAAAAAAAUGAGCGCUCAUACAAAAUUAAUCUUAUUAACACUUUUCUGUGUAUUCCUGGAUCUGUCACUGGCAGUUGAUACAUGUGAGGAGUGUAUGGCAAAUGAUGCGUUUUGUGUGGAUGAAACAUCAUAUUACUUGUGUAUGAACGGAAAACCAAUGAAAACUGAAUUGAUCACAUGUCCGGAAGAUCAGGUUUGUUCAAAAUCUGCUAACAUUUGUGAACCAAAAGCUGAUGAUAACGCAAUCUGUGGUGGUUCAUCCUGUAAUAUCUGUAACAUAGAUGACAAAUACACUUGCGUAAGUAAAACACAAUUCGGCCGUUGUCUCAAUGGUAAAGUUGCUGUAACAAGCUCUUGUGAAAAAGGUUCACUUUGUAGUACUGAAAUGUUAACAUAUGGACAAAUAUGUGCACCAACAUGUGUUCUAGACUUUUUCGGACUUUCUGCCACAUGUAGCAAUGAUCAACCGAUUACAACAACUGCUGCACCACCUUCAACUCCCAAUGUAGCUACUAUGAAAGAAAAGUGUGAAGCGAAGCAAUCAGAUAAAAAAAUUUAUACCGUAUUAGGUGACGCCAAAUGUGAAACUUACAUAUAUUGUGAAAAAGUUGGCACAGAUAUAGAAGCAAUUCUAAUGAAAUGUUCUCCUGGUUUUUACGAUAGCACAAAAGAAGAGUGUGUAACUGUUAAACCAGAAUCAUGUCAGUAAACUAUCACUUUCCUUAACGUCUACAUACAUAUGUAUAUAAAGUAUGCAUAAAUAUAUUAUAACAAAUAAAAAUGUAUAAAUUAAA